AUGUCAUUAUUCAAAAUUCGUGAUAUUUGGUCAACUCAGGUGAAUAAAGUCAAUUCGUCACAUGAUGAGUUUUGUCUGAAAUUAAGCCCACUUUAUAAACUAAAUGCAUUACAGCAUUUUAUUCUAGUUGGAACCUCCUCUGGUAUGUUGUCUAUCUUUCUACCUCGAGCUGGUGAUUAUACUAAUGCUGACGAUUUCGGUUAUCCAUCACAACACUAUAAUGAUUUAUGUCUUGAAUACAAUAUGGACGAGCCUAUAUUAUCUAUCGAUUGUGGUAGCCUUAAUGUAGAGUUAUGUCAGUAUCAACAAAUAGCAGUACUCCAUCCACAAAUGGUAUCUGUGUACAGUUUUACAAAAUCGGAGGAUUCAAUUCAAGAAGGGGAUUGUGAAACUUUUUCAUUUGAUUCAUGGAGACUGACUAGCUUGUUUAAGCAUGACUUUAAAAAACCUUCGUUUAACAUGUCUGUUGAAAGAUAUUUUACACAUACUCAAACUGAUAUUAUCCUUGUACAGAGUAUCGAUGCAUCCCUUUGCUUUUUCAAUUUAUAUGGAGCAUUAUUUGAGAUAACUCUAGGAAAUAUUCUUAUACCGGGUCCUAUAGUUUUUCUCAAUUCUACACAGUCGCUACUAACCAGUGACUCAAGAAAGUUAUAUUGCUUCAGUUUCAUGUAUUCAAGUACAGAACACUCGCGCAUUCUAUAUGAUGAGAAUAAAAAUAUCUCAUUAGAUUGGUCUUUACUUUUUGAAGAACCAAUAUUUAACAUGCAGAAAAUUGAUUCAAUAUAUACGGCGACUAGUAGACACUCUCCGUUAUCGUAUAUAAUUGCACUGGGUAGGAGAAGAGUUUUUCUCAUCUCAGAAACUGGUUCACUAUUGUCUACUCGACGGAUUGAUGCUUCACCAAAACACUUAUGUAUGUAUGGAUAUGCAGAAGUAGAUCCACUUAUUGCUAAAGAAGACUGCUCAGGAAGUAAUAUGCAAUGCAUGCUCACUUGGCAGCCACGUUAUCUGGUCACGACAGAGAAGAACCAACUACUUGUAUUUAAAGGUACAGAACUCUUGUGGUCAGCAUUACUACCAUUUUAUCAGUAUCGUCUUUCCAUGCCAAUCAACACACCGCCAUCUAAUCGAUGUGACAGUAAAACACUUCCAGUAAUUGGAGAACAUUUUCCGCCUGGUUUAAUUGUUCUCCUCAAUUCAAAUGGAGAAUAA